AUGGGUCCUCUCGACUACCAGUUGCUCUGUGCCGAGAUUCAAGCAAUUCGCAAGGACUUGGAGUCUCAGUUUGUCGGGCUCCGACAGUCCUUCAUCGAGCCGGCCUCCACCGCCAUCACUACCACGCCAUCGCCGCCGCCGGUUCAGCUGCCCACCCCGUACCACGACGACUUCAUUGCCUUCAACCAGAUCUGCAUCAAGAACGGCUUCACCUCCACCGACCCCCACACGCCGCUCGACGCCGGCCAGAAGCUCGUCCAGUGCGGCCCUGUCGACAUCAAGGACAUUCCCGCCUCCGCGGCCUUCUCCACCUGCUCCUCCGCCUCGGCCACGCCCGCGCCCAUGCCUCCCUCUGCGUUCGCGACGACCAUGAAGCGCACGAGGGUCUCGAUCUCGCGGGUUCCCGUGGGGGCUGCGGGUGGUGCACGGAGAAGAAGGCAGCGGGGUGCUCCUCUGCGCCAACUUCGGCUGCGUCGACCACGACUUACUCCUCCGCUGCUCCGACUGCAGCGUGCCCCACCGCGUCCGCCUCGGCUGCGCCAACCGUGGCGUGCUCCUCCGCGCCCACGGCGGCUCAUCGACCACGGCGUGUCCCUCCGCUUCUCCGACCAUGGCGUACCCUUCCGUGUCCACCUCGGCUCCGCCGACCGUGGCGUGCUCCUCCGUGCCCACUUCGGCUGCGAAGACCGCGGCGUGCUCCUCUGCACCUACCUCGGCCUCGUCCGCCUCGGCUUCAACGACCACGGCGUGCUCGCCCACGCCCACCUCGGCUUCGCGGACCACGGCGUGCUCCUCCACGCCCGCCUCAACUUCGCCGACCGCAGCGUGUCUCUCCUCGUCCACCUUGGCUUCACUUGA